AUGAAACUUAUCUUCCUUUUCUGUUUGCGGGGGCUUUACUUGGUGGCUUUCCCCUUUUUGCUUUCUGUUUCAUCACUUCUAAGGAACACGCUGUUGUUGAGCUGGUGAAUUCAUAUCUUUGUGUAGUAAAAUGGCAGAAUCCAGUGUUUCUUUGGCUCAGGAGGAUCAGUUCAACUGUUUAAUCUGUCUGGAUCUUCUGAAGGAUCCAGUGGCCAUUCCCUGUGGACACAGUUACUGUAAGAGCUGUAUUUCAGGCUACUGGGAUCAGGAUGAGCAGAAGGGAGUCUACAGCUGCCCUCAGUGCAGACAGACCUUCACCGCAAGACCUGCUUUAGGUAAAAACACCAUACUGGUUGAAGUGGUGGAGAAUAUCAGGAAGAGAAAACUACAAGCUGUAGAUGUGGAGUGUGAUGUUUGUACUGGUAGAAAAUAUAAUGCUGUCAAGUACUGUCUUGUUUGUCUGGAAUCUUACUGUCAGACUCACUUUGAACAACACGAGGAAUUUCACUCUAAAAAGCGACACAAAGUGACUGAUGCCACUGGACGACUGCAGGAGAUGAUCUGCCCUCAACAUGACAGACUGCUAGAAAUGUACUGCAGAACUGACCAGCGCUGUAUUUGCAUGCUGUGCUUGAUGAAUAAACACAAAACCCAUGAAACUGUAUUACCAGCUGAAGAGAGAGCAGAGAAACAGAAACAUUUUAAAGAGACACUUCAGCAGAGAGUGGAGGAGAAACAGAAGGAGUGUGAGGAGCUGAGAGCGGCUCUAGAGUCUCACAAGCGCUCUGCACAGGCAGCAGUGGAGGACACUGAGAGGAUCUUUACUGAGCUCAUCCGCUCCAUUGAGAGAAGCCGCUCUGAGGUGACACAGCUGAUCAGAGAUCAGGAAAAGGCUUCAGUGAGUGGAGCUGAAGGACGACUGCAGCGACUGGAGCAGGAGAUUGAUGAUCUGUGGAGGAGAGGCAUUGAGCUGGAGCAGCUUUCACACACAGACCAUCACAUCAUUUUCCUCCAGAGUUUCCAGUCUCUCUCUGUUCCUCCUGCAUCUGCAGACUCAUCCAGCAUCCGUUCUCGUCUCUCUUUUGAUAGUUUAAAAACAUUUAUCUCUCGGGUAAAAGAGAAAUUGCAGCAGGAUUUUAAAGAAGAGAAAGAAAAAAUAUCUGGGACAGUACGACACAUCAGGAUGAUUCCCACACCUGAAUAUGAGAGCAGGAACGAGUUCCUACCAUAUUACCAGCGCUUGACAUUGGACUCAAACACAGCUUAUAAAUCCCUGAGGCUGUCUGAGGGAAACAGAGUGGUGACUAGAAUGAAGAAACCACAACAGUAUCCUCAUCACCCAGACAGAUUUGAUAGUUUUACUCAGGUGUUGUGCGGAGAGAGAGUGUGUGGACGCUGUUACUGGGAGGUUGAGUGGAGAGGUGAUGUGGAAAUAUCAGUGUCAUACCAGAGCAUCAGCAGGAAGGGACUGGGAAAUGAGUGUAUUUUCGGUUGUAAUGAUCAGUCCUGGAGUUUGCAAUGUUCUGACUUCAGCUGCAUAUUCUGGCACAAUAGCAAACCCACUAAACUGUCAGUAGUGUCCAGCUCGUAUAGAAUAGGAGUGUAUGUGGAUCACAGUGCAGGAACUCUGUCCUUCUACAGUGUCUCUGACACAAUGAGCCUCAUUCACAGAGUCCACACCACGUUCACUCAGCCGCUCUACCCUGGGUUUGGCUUUUACAAGGAUUCACAACUAAAAUUGUGUGACUUGGUGUAAUAAAUAUAGACUUUUACACAUCUUUUCCAUUAUUUGGUUGAAUGGUUAUCAGUAUUGUGAAGACUGGUUGGUUAUAUACUUGUCCACGAUUCGACACUGUGCAAUUAAAAACAUGUAGUGCCUGUAGUAAUAAAAAUACUUGGUUUUCUAAUAAAGUUCUAUACCAUCUACAUAAAUAUUCUGCUUGUAUUUUCACUGACAUGACUCUA